GUGAGGCGGAAGUAGACCAGGCUUCCACAUCGAGGCAUCGCGGGCGAAAAAACCAUAAACAGAAAAAAUAACUCUCCUGCUGAAGAUCCAAACCCGGUUCGGUGUCAGAAUGGGUCCCCUAACAUUUCUUGUCCUUUGUGGGACAAUCUUCACCGUGAAAAGCGAAUUGCACUCCCUCACUUACAUCUACACGGCCUUCUCCAAACCUGUCGCUCUCCCGGGGCUGCAUGAGUUCACCGCUAUGGGUUUGCUGGAUAACCGAAUGAUUGAUUACUAUGACAGCGAACACCAAAAGAAGGUUCCCAAACAGCCAUGGAUGGAAGAACACCUUGAAAAAGAGUACUGGGACAAAGGCACCCAGUCCAGAAAGAGCAAGGAGCAAUGGUUCAAGGUCAACAUCGACAUUUUGAUGAAACGAAUGAGACAGAAUGACACCGAUACCCAUAUUCUUCAGUGGAUGCACGGCUGUGUGGGUGAAACUCAGCCCGACGGCUCUCUGAAGUUUGUCAACGGGAUGGACAUGUACAAUUAUGAUGGAAAGGACUUUCUGUCCUUCGAUGAUGACAAACAGGUUUGGGUUGCUCCAAUUACAGCAGCAUUGGAAACCAAGAGGAAGUGGGAUGAUGUCCAGGUCCUGAAGGAAUACACCAAGGGCUACUUGGAGAAGGAGUGUAUGGAGUGGAUGAGCAAGUUCAGAGACUAUGGGAAAGAACAGCUUGAAAACGCCACAAAACCCACAGUGCACAUGUUCACACGAAAGGCCAAAACUGAAUCAAACAUCAUCUUGACCUGUCUGGCCACCGGCUUCUACCCUAAAGACAUCAUUAUGAAUAUCAGAAGAAAUGGGCGUGUCCUGAACAAGGAUGACGGGCUGCAGACAUCCGGGGUUCUUCCAAACGAUGACGACACCUUUCAGCAAAAACUCCAUGUAGAGAUUCUGAAGUCUGAUGUUUCCACCUACACCUGUGAGGUCAACCAUCCUGCUUCUCACUGGGAUGUUGAAGAGAAAUGGGGUAAGAUACCUUUUAGAUGCACUUCUAGACCUGAUUUUGUCCUAACAGACGCUCUGAUGCCACUUCCAAUGGCACAGCUGAAAAUGUCUCUUCUCACCAUUUUGGUCCUUUUGGGGACCGGGCUGACAGUUAACAGUGAAUUGCACUCCCUCACUUACAUCUACACGGCCUUCUCCAAACCUGUCACUCUCCCGGGGCUACAUGAGUUCACCGCUAUGGGUUUGCUGGAUCACAGGAUGAUUGAUUACUAUGACAGCGAACACCAAAAGAAGGUUCACAAACAGCAAUGGAUGCAAGAUCACCUUGAAAAAGAGUACUGGGAAAAAGGCACCCAGUCCAGAAAGAGCAAGGAGCAAUGGUUCAAGGUCAACAUCGACAUUUUGAUGAAACGAAUGAGACAGAAUGACACCGAUACCCAUAUUCUUCAGUGGAUGCACGGCUGUGUGGGUGAAACUAAGCCAGACGGCUCUCUGAAGUUUGUCAAGGGGAUGGACAUGUACAAUUAUGAUGGAAAGGACUUUCUGUCCUUCGAUGAUGACAAACAGGUUUGGGUUGCUCCAAUUACAGCAGCAUUGGAAACCAAGAGGAAGUGGGAUGAUGUCCAGGUCCUGAAGGAAUACACCAAGGGCUACUUGGAGAAGGAGUGUAUGGAGUGGAUGAGCAAGUUCAGAGACUAUGGGAAAGAACAGCUUGAAAACGCCAAACCACCCAAAGUGCACAUGUACACACGAAAGGCCAAAACUGAAUCAAACGUCAUCUUGACCUGUCUGGCCACCGGCUUCUACCCUAAAGACAUCAUUAUGAAUAUCAGAAGAAAUGGACGUGUACUGCACAAGGAUGACGGGCUGACGGAAUCCGGGGUUCUUCCAAAUGAUGACGACACCUUUCAGAAAAAACUCCAUGUAGAGAUUCUGAAGUCUGAUGUUUCCACCUACACCUGUGAGGUCAACCAUCCUGGCUCUAAAUUGCAUGUUGAAAACAAAUGGGAUCACACUCUCAUUGCUGAUGGCGGAAAUUCACUCCUUAUCAUUAUUGGUGUUGCCAUUCCACUGAUUUUGGCUGUGACCAUUGGUGUGGUACUUCUUGUCCUUAAACUGAAGACAAAGCGACUGGAUUGCGACGAGAAUACAUCCUCCAAUCCAAGUCUUGUUUCUGUCAGCACUGGUUCAGAUAAUUCAUCCAAAGAUACUAAAAAAGAGGAAAAAGACAGUCUGCUGGAUAAACCCCCCACAGCCUCUGAUGAAAAUAAACCUGAGCAAGAGAAAGGGCUCCUUGACACUAAAAGUACAUCCUCUGAUUCAAGUGGGGAUUCUGGGACCAACUGUCCGUCAGUGUCUUCCAGUGAUGAAGAGAAGAAAAAUGACUCUGAAUAAUUGCUUUUCCCAACCAUUUGGAAGAAGAUUUACCAGAAUAUCUGAAAAAUAAUCACAUGAAAUGGAAAAAUAAAUAAAUAAAACAUAACAACAACAACAAUAAAA